AUGGGUUCGUUAACCGCGCAGCAGGUUGAAGGCUUUUAUAAGUACGGGUUCUUAAAGGUCGACGGUGUCCUUGACCCGGAAGAGUACCUCGACCCAAUUAUUGAUGAGUAUUCCGGCGUCCUCGACCGGCUGGCAGAUGAGCUUUACGACAAAGGCGAGAUCAAGUCCAGAUACGAGGAUUUGCCGUUCGGCGAUCGAGUAACUGCGAUUUAUGCCGAGACGGGAAAGCAGUUCAGCGGUUACUUCGAUUUUUCCCUGCCAUUUAUGGGAGUGACCGAAGAGACACCGUUCUGGACAGGACAAGCCGUCCUGAACGCGCUACUGCGGCAGAGCCUGCUCGACGCCGUCGAGUCGCUUAUCGGUUCGGAAAUCUACUCCAAUCCUGUACAGCACGUACGAAUCAAGCCGCCUGAGCAGUACUUGCCCAAGAACGCUAACGGCGAGCCGGUGAUCGGCGCUACGGAAUGGCACCAGGACCACGGAGUGGUGACCGAGAACGCCGACGAUACGAACAUGAUCACGGCCUGGUUCUCAUUGACCGACGCGGCCAUCGAGCAGGGCCCGCUGAAGAUCGUGCCCCAGAGCCACGACAGCGGAUUGCUCACCCACUGCCUGAACUACCAGGGCACGGGGCGAAGGGUCAUCCCCGAGAACUUGUUCGAUAUCGACUCCACACUGCCGAUGCCGGCCAAGCGCGGCGACGUUAUCUUCCUGCACAGGGAGACGGUGCACGGGUCCCUUGCAAACGUCAGCGAGAAGAUCCGGUGGAGUUUCGACCUUCGGUACAACCCGAUUGGCCAGCCAACCGGACGAGACGCCUUCCCCGGAUUUGUGGCCCGCAGCCGCAAGAAUCCUGAAGCGGAACUCAGGGACGCAGAGACCUGGACCGACCUGUGGACGAAAACUCGCACAAAGAUGGCCAGCAUCAACCAGGGUGAUAUGGGCGACGUGAAAUUCGGUCGCUGGUCCGAAGGUCACCCCGACUGCGCAUAA